UGACAACCGGCCCGCGGGAAAGUUUCGUUUUAUCAAUAAACGUACCGAAAUCGUUGUUGACAGCGCUGUUGGACAUUACAGUUCUAUGUUUAGUUCCGUGUCGGUCAGCUCGACCAUCAAUGGUGAAGUCAUUUUUAUUUUUCAUUCUCACAAAAAUCAACUUUCGGCAAGUGUCCUGUGUGACGUUCCAAUGCAGUGAAUGGGCAUAAAAAGUUUGGAAACGCAUUCGAACCAGAGCGGGAUUGACAUCCGAGGAGAACCGCGCGGUUGCAAAUUGAACGCACAGCAGCGACGAAGGAUCCACAGUGUUCUAUAGAUCCGGAUCAGUGAUCGAAAAUUCUUCAACCGUAAAUAACGGACAUCUUGUUAGACGGAAGGAGUUAGUGCUGGACAGUUUUUAGACAGUGGACAGCCGCGUAGAAAGCCGCUGCCAUCAGGAGAUACCCGCGAUUGGACGGCACGGCAAAAAGCAAACAGGACACUAACGACACGGAGCAAUAAAACCGGAUUAUAAGCAAAUAUCAGCUCGCAGCUAAACAAUAAAAAUGGGUCCCAAAAAGGCCAAAGGAAGCACGGUCAUCGAUGGCGUGGACACAUCCAGUAUGUCCCGCGAACAGCUAGAACAGUUUGCGCUCCGGCUCCGCAACGAAAUGGAACGGGAACGAGAGGAGCGCAACUUCUUCCAGCUGGAGCGCGACAAACUGCGCACGUUCUGGGAGAUCACGCGCAAACAACUGGAGGAAGCGAAGGCCGUGAUCCGCAACAAAGAACGUGACGUAGAGGUGGCCCAGGAACUAGCCGACCAGGAUACGAAGAAUGUGAUGCAGGAGAUGAAACAUCUACAGUACGAGCACCAGUCGCAUAUCGGGGAACUGAAGGCGGAAAUGAUGACACAGUUGAAAAUGGCCCAGGAAGAUCAUUCCCUGCAGGAGCGGGAACUGCUGAACGAUAAACGUGACUUGCGACGUUUACUUCGGGAAAAAGAAGAGAACUCGGAACUAGAGGUGCAGCAACUCAAGCUGAAACAUAGUGAACUUUUGAGUCAAGAACGCGCCAAGUACAAAGAGGAAAUCGAAGCCAUGACCAAAUUGUUUGAGCAGAGACUUCAAAGCUACAAGGAAGAAGCCGAGGUGCGUCACGAAAUGGAACUAUCAGAAGUCGAAGAGAGGAAGAACGGUCAAAUUUCCGAAUUGAUUCAAACUAACGAGAAUGCUUACAAGGAAAUGAAGGGUUACUACAACGACAUCACCCUAAACAAUCUGGCUCUUAUCAACAGUAUGAAGGAGCAGAUGGAAGAACUGCGCAUUCAGUCAGACAAGGAUUUGAAGAACCACUCAGAAGUGAUGGCCGAAAACAGGAGACUAGUGGAACCGUUGAAGCAAUCUCAGUCGGAACUCAUCGAGUUGCGCAAGAAGCUGCAGUACUACGACCGUGAUAAGGCCACUCUCAAUCGUGUUAAAACUCGUCUCGGUUCCACCCAGAAGCAGCUUAGCAGCUUAAAGCUUGAAUCGGAUGUACUGCAGAUGCGCUGCGAGAAGUUAGUGGAAGAGCGCGAUCAACUGAAGAAUAUGUUUGAGAAGUCUAUACUCGAAUUGCAACAGAAGUCAGGUUUAAAGAAUUCUUUAUUGGAGCGCAAGUUGGAAUACAUCGAGAAGCAAACCGAACAGAGGGAGGCUAUUCUGGGUGAAGUUCUUUCGCUAGCCGGAAUCGAACCCCAGUCGUUGAGCAUUCGUAUUGAGAAGCUGCUGGUACAGAAGAACGACAAAAUUCAGGACUUGCGCUACGAACUAGCUCGUGUUAGCAAAAUGUACGACGACUUGCUGUCGCUGAUGGAGGCCAAACUGGCAAAGUUUGGUAUCACUUUGAAGGAUCUAGAGCUAAGCAGCAUGAGAUUGGAGAAGUAAAUUUCGAGAGUUACGAACGAGCGUCAAGAUGUUCAUAUUUAAAACAAUAAAAUUUAAUAAAUAUUUAU